GUGAUUUCCGUGGUGAACGCGGCCUUUUUAUUGUCCGGGCGAGGCCACCUGAGCUGCUCGACCUUUCAGACGGGACUUCAAACUGUGUGGACCCGUGAGGAGUAACUUCGGCAUCAUGUUCAAAAGUAAGUCGCUUUACUUUGUCCUCCGAUCGUUUAAAACCUUAAAAUCGAACAGAUUAUUUGUCAAACUUGCAAGAGACGAUGUAUUUUUGCAGUUUAUAGUGAAUCACAGAACUAUCCAUCUUGUAUUUAAUCAAUUCCACAUACUUGAAACCACAUAUGCAGCCAACAUAUCACUUUUUCCUCAUUAGGACCUUGCUAGUGGCACAUGACCUUUCAACAUAAGUGAAUUAACAAGACUCCGGCUCCAAUCAUGAAAACAAAUUGGCUUUAAAGAGCGAAAACAAUGAUGAUCGAAGAACUGCCGGAGCGAAAUAAACACCGAUAAGUUGCUGUGCUCUGUGAGUUUCAGAAUGACGCUGAAUCUGAACUUCUCCAAAAUGUCCGGCGCUGCCGUGCGGCCGGAGCCGCAUCCGGCGGAGUACCGCGUCGCGGGCCUGGUCUUCUACUCCUUCGUCUUCGCCGUCGGGCUCGUCGUCAACGUCACCGCCCUGUGGGUCUUUUCUCUCACCACCAAGAAGAAGAACUCGGUCACCGUCUACAUGAUAAACGUGGCGCUGGUGGACCUCACCUUCCUCCUGCUGCUGCCCUUCCGAAUGGUUUACCUCCACCGGGACUCCUGGCCCUUCGGGGACCUGCUGUGCCGGGUCGUCUCCGCCCUCACCGUCUUCUACCCCUGCAUGGCCCUGUGGCUGUUUGCUCUGAUCAGCGCCGACCGCUACAUGGCCGUCGUCCAGCCGAAGCACGGCAGAGAGCUGAGGAACGUCCCGAAGGCCGUGGUGGCGAGCCUCGCCGUGUGGGUCAUGACCCUGGGCGGCACCGCGUCCCUGCUCUUCUCCGAGGGCGACCCCGACCGCGCCUCCGACUUCACCACCUGCGUCAAGAUGCGGGACGUCGUCCACGUGCGCCGCGACAACCCCGUCGACUUGGCGCGACUCGUCUUCUUCUUCCUGGUGCCCGUGUGCAUCAUGAUCGGCUGCUACGUCGUCAUCGUGGACAACCUGCUGCGCGGGCGCACCUCCAGGCUCAAGCCCGAGGUGAAGCAGAAGUCCAUCCGGAUCAUCCUCACGCUGAUCGUGCAGGUGCUGGUGUGCUUCGUGCCCUUCCACGUGUGCCUGGUGCUGCGCUCGGUGGGGUCGGGCACAGACUUCAGCGUGUGGGCGGUCUUCAGCACGUUCCUGAUGACCCUGAGCACGGUGCUGGACGUCAUCCUGUUCUACAUCGUCUCCAAGCAGUUCCAGGACCGGGUGAUCAGCGUGAUCCUGUACAGGAACUACCUGCGGAGCGUGAGGCGGAAGAGCAGGCGCACGGGCACGGGCAGCGUCCGAUCCUUGAGCAACCUGACCGGCGUGAUGAUCUGACGCGCCGACUGCCGUUUGCCGAUUGCCGCGAAUGCUUCGCUAGUGUAAGUUCGUUCCGAAGAGGGAUCAAACGCUCGCAAUUAAUUUCCAAGGCGUGAUUCACGCUCACAGUAUGGGAGUUGCUGCUGUGUGGCAGAAAAAACAACGAAAAACAUCUGUGUUUGGAAGCUGAUUGACUCACCCAUGAGACUUGAGAUGAGAAUUAUUUUUAAAAGAGACAAAGCCCAAGGCAUCUCGACAUUUGUUAAUAAGGAUAAAGAUCGAAAACUUGUCAUCCGACAGGUAUAA